AUGCCGUCCAUGAACUGGUGGUGGAUCGUGUUCGUCUGGCUGUGGUCGCUGUCCGUCGCGACCACGGCCGUCGAGGAGAAGGUGUGCGGCAGCAUCGACGUGCGCAACAGUGGCGAACGCUUUUCUGCGUUGCACAACUGCACCAUCGUCAAUGGUUAUGUGCAGAUCGUCCUGCUUGACGCCACUACACCGUCCGACUUCGACAUCAGCUUCCCGCUGUUGCGCGAGAUCACUCAGUACCUGGUCGUUUACCGUGUGGCCGGCCUGUACAACCUGGGAAAGCUGUUCCCGAACCUGAUGCUGAUCCGUGGAUCGCACAGCCCGCAUUUCCCGGGACUGGCGCUAAUGAUCCACGACAAUGUUGACCUUAGGGAGAUCGGACUGUACAGCUUGACCAACAUCACACGGGGUUCCGUGAUUAUUUCGAAAAAUCCCAAAUUGUGUCACGCGACGACAAUCGAUUGGGGCCAAAUCGCCAACGGAGUGAGCAACGAUAUUAACGUAAUCAGCAACGACGAACCGGCGAAGUGCAACGGAUGCUCUAAUAUUGGCUGCCCGGAAGACUUGUGCUGGUCCCACGAAGUCGGUCGAUGCCAGUACGGCAAGUUGAACGGGUGCCAUCCACUCUGCGCUGGCGGUUGUGACGAACCGCACUCUGCCAGGCAUUGUUUUGCGUGCACUGCGUAUAUGCACAAGGGCGAAUGCAUCCGGGAAUGUCCAUACGGCCUGUACGGCCACAUCAGGUCUUGCUUGACCGCAGAAGAGUGCCACAGUUUGCCGGUGACAAGAGAGGAAUCGACACCGGACGAUCUGAACACCCAUUACAUCCCGUUCGAACGCGUUUGUCGCGACGAGUGUCCGUACGGGUUCCAGGUGACGGCAGACAAAAGAAACUGUACGGUGUGCACGAAAACGAGAUCCGGACACUGUCAGCGGAACUGUAACAGUUUCAAGAUCAGUGAUGACAUGUUGAGGAAGAAUUACGAAUACCGUUUGCACACCAACUGCACAACGAUAAAAUCUCUGGAGAUUGAAGUCAAAUACGGUACCAGCGAGGACGUGGAACGUCGACUAGAAGAAUACAUCGGCAAAGUAGAAGUUAUUUUGGAUCAGUUAAAAAUCAUACGAUCGUAUUCUCUGAGUUCUUUGAAUUUCUUGCGGAGCUUAUACGAAAUACGUGGUGAAAAUACAGUUAAUAAAAUGGCUUUGGUGAUACGUGGCAAUAAAAAUUUACAAAAACUUUGGACUACCGGUGAAAACGAAACCCGCCCAGUUAAGAUAUUGAACGGCACGGUUUCUUUUCACUACAAUCCAAAGUUAUGCAUGUCAGAAAUAUAUAAAUUUGGAAAUCUGUCUACACUGCCUACAUUCUCCGAUAUUGAAGUGUCAGUUAUAUCUAACGGUGAUCAGUUCGCAUGCACUGUUUAUAAUUUACAAGUAGAAACCGUUAAAAUUGAUUCACAGUCUAUUGUGUUACAAAUGCACAAACCUGUGGAAGCAGAUAAUUUGGAAAGGUUUCUUGUGUAUUUUAUCGAAGCAUCUAAAUGGAAUGAUACUAGAGAAUCAACCGAUUGCGAAGAUUCUAGUUGGAAAAUUGAUGAUAUAAGUUCAAAAAAAGCUUUAAAUGAAACUGAAAUCUUCCAUGUUAUUACAAAUUUAGAACCAAACACAGAGUACAUUUAUUAUGUAAAGACUUACACAAUUUCUUCCAAGACAAGUAUGAGUAGUAUAUUUCGUAAUAAGACUCUUCCAUCAAAGCCGUCCUCUCCCCAAUACUUUAAUGCUCAACCAGUGUCUAGUUCUGAAGUGGAACUAACAUGGAAACCUCCUUCUCAUCCUCAUGGAAAAUUGGUCAAAUACAUUAUCAAGGGAAUUCAUUUAACCGAUGACCAAGCCAUGUUGGAUGAACGUAGUUAUUGUAGAAACAAAACAUUCAAUGGGAACGGCAUAACACACAAAUCAUCCUCUUCAAUUAUUAAACCAUCAUCUGAUGACACAUGUGAAAAACAGUGCGGACCACAGAAGAAUAUUGUUAAUAAUAUAUGCAAUGAUUUUGAACACGGUAUAGACAUAGAUUUAAUUUCAUUGAACAAUCACAGGUAUACAUUUGAAUCGUGCAGCAGUAAUAUUCUUAAUAUCUUUAUUAAUUCAAAAUGUUUGGCAAUGCAAAACAACGAUGACUCUGUUUUCCCAAGUAUUGUAAAUACUUUUAUAAAUGAAAACUGUACAGAAAUGUGGUCAGUCAGUAAUAUGUUGAACAAUGUUACUCAUAGAGAUGGUAGCUCAUCUUAUUUCCAGAUUCAGUUAAAUGAAAAUGUUACAUCGUUUAAUCUAAGUAACCUUAGGCAUUAUAGUCAAUAUUUGCUGUCCAUAUUGGUUUGUAGAGAGGUUGUCCAACAAGAAUUAAACCAAAGCAAUAUAAAUUCUUGUAGUCAAGAGACAUUAAUAUCCUUCCGCACUUUGGAAAAUAAGCAAGCAGAUAUUAUUGAUAGCGAAACUGUACGAGAUGAAAUUGUGAAUAAUCACACAGUUAAUAUAUUUUGGGAGUCACCAAAGCUUAUAAAUAGCAUAAUACAUAGUUUUCAGUUGUACUAUAAGCGCUCGGAAGCGCCUAAUUUUGUUUCUGUGUGUGUUACUAUGAAGGAAUACGAAAAUGCUGGCCGAUCAUAUGUCUUCAAGAAUAUACUGCCUGGUGCUUAUCAAUACAGAAUCCAAGCUGUUUCAUUAUACGGACCUGGGCCAUAUACUACUGUGAAAGAAUUUAAUCUUCCCUAUCCAGACGCAUUUAACAGUUGGCACCUUAUUCUCUUAAUUGUUAUUUGUGGUUGUUUAUUAAUUGUAUUAACAGGUGUUAUUAUUCGUACACACUUUAGUCGUAAGAUGUUAGAACGCAAUAACAUGUUUAAUCUAGCCAAUAAUCCUGGUUACGUUGGCAUUUAUGUCGAGGACGAUUGGGAGACACCCCGAGAAGAUGUGGUUAUACUGAAAAUACUUGGUAGAGGGACAUUUGGCACAGUUCACGAAGGUCUGCUAAUGCCUCAUUCUAUACCAUGUGCUGUAAAAUCUGUAAGCAAGUCAAAUUUUUUGAGAUAUCAUACAGAGUUUUUGAAUGAAGCUGCUAUAAUGAAGAAGUUCAGUGAAGCAUAUCAUAUAGUGAAAUUGCUUGGUGUAGUGACCAAGACCCACCCACCACUACUCAUAAUGGAACUCAUGGGUCGUGGCGAUUUAAAAAGUGUAUUGGUGAAGUGCAAGAAUUCUGAUGAUCCACCUCCACCCAAUAGAUACACUAUCAUUCGUAUGGCUGCACAAAUAGCUGAUGGUAUGGCGUUCCUAGAAUAUAAUAAAUUUAUUCAUCGUGAUUUAGCAGCCCGAAACUGUAUGGUGGCUAAUGAUAUGACAGUGAAAAUUGGCGAUUUCGGUAUGAGUCGACAAAUAUAUAAUGGUGAUUAUUAUCGCAAAGGAAAUAAGGGUGAAAUGCCUAUACGGUGGAUGGCUCCUGAGAGCCUCAGUGAAGGUAUAUUUACCAGUCAGUCAGAUGUCUGGAGUUAUGGGGUCGUGAUCUGGGAAAUGAUGACGCUGGGUGCACAACCCUACCUGGAUAAGAGCAACAAUGAGGUCAUGGCUCAUGUGCUUGACGGCAACUUACUAAACCUGCCAAUCUUCUGUCCUGAUGUGUUAGCUGGUAUCGUUAGACUGUGUUGGAAUUGGACUGCUUCCCAACGACCAAGGUUCCUAAAAAUAGUCGAAACACUUGACGCUUAUCUGGAAGAUGAUUUCAGAUCAGUUUCGUUUUAUCACACCCGCGGCUUACACAAUGAGUCGCCUGCUGAUCAAUCGUUGAUGUCACCUUGUACUACGUACGAAGAAGAUGUCGAUAACGAAAGCGUUAGUUUUGAAGCCGGUGACACUGUUGCUGUAAAUAGUGCGUUCCAUGUAGACAAAAACAAAAUGAGUAAUGGACAUUUAUCUCCAAUGUAA